CCUCUCUCUCUCUCCCUCUCUCUUUCUCUCUUUUCUCCCUCUCCUACAUUUUCUUGCUGUUGCUAAUUCAUGGUGAUCAAAUGAUGUACGACAAAAUAAAUUGUAAAGAGUGACUGCCUGGAGUUGGGAACCAGAAGGUGUUUUCCCCCUCCCAAGGAGAGAGCAAACCUUUAAAAAGGAAGGACAAUUGAUUUUUGGGGGGGAGCUUAAGUGAGCCUUGACUUUGCAGCUGGUUGACAGCAGGUUGGAGGAGGGUUUAAAGCCAGGUGCGCCGAGUCAGCUCGCCAUGUCCAGAUCCGGGGACAGGACCUCUACCUUCGACCCCAGCCACAGCGACAACCUGCUGCACGGCCUCAACCUGCUGUGGAGGAAGCAGCUAUUUUGCGACGUGACCCUGACGGCCCAGGGCCAGCAAUUCCACUGCCACAAGGCCGUGCUGGCCUCCUGCUCGCAGUACUUCCGAUCGCUCUUCUCCAGCCACCCCCCUCUCGGGGGAGGGGUCGGCGGUCAGGACGGCCUGGGGGCCCCCAAGGACCAGCAGCAGCAGCCGCAGCAGCCGCAGCCGCCACAACAGCAGCAACCGCCGCCACAGGAGGAGCCCGGGACUCCUUCCUCCUCCCCCGACGACAAGCUGCUGACCAGCCCCCGGGCCAUCAACAACCUGGUGUUGCAGGGCUGCUCUUCCAUCGGGCUGCGUCUAGUGCUCGAGUACCUCUAUACCGCCAACGUGACCCUCUCCCUGGACACGGUGGAGGAGGUGCUGUCGGUCAGCAAGAUCCUGCACAUCCCCCAGGUCACCAAGCUCUGUGUGCAGUUCCUCAACGACCAGAUCUCAGUGCAGAACUAUAAGCAGGUGUGUAAGAUAGCUGCGCUGCACGGCCUGGAGGAGACCAAGAAGCUGGCCAACAAGUACCUGGUGGAAGAUGUGCUGCUGCUUAACUUCGAGGAGAUGCGCGCCCUGCUGGACUCGCUGCCGCCCCCCGUGGAGUCGGAGCUGGCGCUCUUCCAGAUGUCCGUGCUGUGGCUGGAGCACGACCGCGAGACCCGCAUGCAGUACGCGCCCGACCUCAUGAAGCGCCUCCGCUUCGCACUCAUCCCGGCCCCGGAGCUGGUGGAGCGGGUCCAGUCAGUGGAUUUCAUGCGCACCGACCCCGUCUGCCAGAAGCUGCUGCUGGACGCCAUGAACUACCACCUGAUGCCCUUCAGGCAGCACUGCAGGCAGAGCCUGGCCAGCAGAAUUCGCUCUAACAAGAAAAUGCUGUUAUUGGUUGGAGGGUUGCCGCCCGGACCUGACCGGCUCCCCAGCAAUUUGGUUCAGUAUUACGAUGAUGAAAAGAAGACAUGGAAAAUACUCACAAUUAUGCCGUACAACAGUGCCCAUCACUGCGUUGUGGAGGUAGAAAACUUCUUGUUCGUGUUGGGUGGAGAGGAUCAAUGGAAUCCGAAUGGAAAACAUAGUACAAAUUUUGUCAGCCGAUAUGAUCCCCGAUUCAAUAGCUGGAUUCAACUUCCACCCAUGCAAGAAAGAAGAGCCAGUUUCUAUGCAUGUCGGUUAGACAAACACUUGUACGUUAUUGGUGGAAGAAAUGAAACCGGCUACUUGUCCAGCGUGGAGUGCUAUAACCUGGACACAAAUGAAUGGCGUUAUGUGUCCUCUUUGCCACAGCCUCUGGCAGCUCAUGCAGGAGCGGUGCACAAUGGGAAAAUCUACAUUUCAGGAGGUGUACACAAUGGAGAAUAUGUCCCCUGGCUAUAUUGCUAUGACCCCGUAAUGGACGUCUGGGCUCGAAAACAAGAUAUGAACACAAAGCGCGCCAUCCACACUUUGGCUGUAAUGAAUGAUCGCUUGUAUGCAAUUGGAGGAAAUCAUUUGAAAGGUUUCUCCCAUCUUGAUGUAAUGCUUGUGGAAUGCUAUGACCCAAAAGGAGACCAGUGGAACAUUCUCCAAACUCCCAUUUUGGAGGGUCGAAGUGGUCCUGGCUGUGCUGUGCUUGACGACAGCAUUUACCUUGUGGGAGGCUACAGCUGGAGUAUGGGGGCCUACAAGUCAUCAACAAUAUGCUAUUGUCCUGAGAAGGGAACCUGGACAGAACUUGAAGGAGAUGUAGCAGAACCCCUGGCAGGCCCUGCCUGUGCGACAGUAAUCUUGCCUGCCUGUGUACCCUACAACAAAUAGCCCCAGGAAACUCUGGAAGGAACAGCAUCACAUCCCAGGAAGCAGUGACAGGUGACGUCACUAUCCUAAUAGGAACUGUGCAUUUCUCAUGAUACAACUGCUGAAACCCACCUUUGGUUUCUGAUGAUUUACAAGUAACUACAAAAGAAAGAGACCUGUUAUGGAACAGAUACUGUGUCUGCAACUCAGAUCGUAUCCGACUUCCUGUGGUGAUGGACUCUUCCAUUUCAGACUGGUUUUAAUUUGUCCCAGCUUUACAGAAACUCCUCACAUGGAUCUUAACUUUCAAAGGGAGAAAGAUAAAAUACAGAAGACUGGCCCCAGAGAGACCUGAGAUCAGUAUUGUGCAUUGUACUCUACCUGCAUGUGAUCGAUGUUGAAGUUUUGGGGAUAUUUUGUACAUGAAUAAUUCAGAAUUUGACCCACCAAAAUACUUAACACUGCAUUACAGAAAUUCCCACUUGAUUCUGUAUUCCUAACCUUUGGCUACUUCACAGACUCCAUAAGCAACACAGUUACUGAAAACCAUAGAAGAUUAAAUAGGGGCAUUUUUGUUUCUAUACAUCCUCAUUUCAUGUACCUUCUGCCCUUAUAGUACCUCAUGGAAGAGUUAAGUUGUUGGGUCUUUCAGGAGUUGCUUUCUGCCCUGCAGGUUCUAGGAUAGCCAGAGUCCUAAUUCCCAUGUCCUGAAUUCUAUCUGGAAAUUAAAACAUACUAUGUCACUCUGAAGUUCAUGGAGGCUUAUGCUUUCUUUCUUUCUCUCUCUCUUUUUAGUGUUUAAGCAGUAAGCACACAUGCUAUUUGCCUCCAAAGAUAGGACUGACAAAUUCAGUCAUACACUAUUUCAUAGAUUCUGUUGGAUAACACAUCUGACCCAGACUUAAUCUAUGAUCAAAACUAAGAGAUUGCUUUUAGGAAUUCAGGGAUGAAAAGAAAAAAAUAAUUUCUUUCAAGGACAAUCCCAAUUAUCUUUGUUCCUAAAACACGAAACUUACCAGGUUAUAUAUAGUCUCUGACAGAAUACUCUUCCCUCCUCACCUGCAGCUGGAUGUAGACCCUGGACUUCAUCUCAUUAUUCCCUGCCUCAUCAUUUUUGGUUAGCACCAGAGAUUCCUGAACUCAGUCCAGCAAGCAGUUGCUACUUGUCCUUAGGAGCAUGGGUAAUUUAGGAGCAGAGGUCAGGGGAGCAUGACGUAGUCUCAGCGUGGCCAAUCAAAAGAACAAAACUGGUAGGAACACAAAUUUGACUUUCAAGCUCUCCUGAGCUUGAUCAACAACUGUUAGGAGUAAAUAAGAGCUUAAAAUAUUUUUUUAAUCACCCAGAGAUAUUGAAUCCUCCAAAAAAAAAUGUUACAUUCAAAACAAUAAGGGGAAGCCAGAUUAAAAACGCCUUGGUGAUAAGUUUUCAUUGCCAAGUGUGUCAAGAUGGAUGGGGAUACUGGAAUCCAAUGCCGUUUCUACAGUAAAGUGCAAUCUUCUUUGUUUUUGUAUUUAUUUGUAUGUUCAGAUCCAAAGGAUCAGUUGUAAAAAUAUAUAUAUAAAUAUACAUAUAUAUAUAUAUAUAUAUAUAUAUAUAUCUCCAGUGCAAUCAACUUUUUAUUUCUUUUUUUCUUAAAAACAUAUGAAUAUAUAGAAAGGAAGAAAAGUCACGGUAUUUUGUAGGAAACUCCCAGCUGACAUCAUGAACAGAACAAGGUCUGUUUCAGAACCUUUUAUUGUCAACUGUCAUCAUUUCUUCCUAAAGUCACAGUUUAUACAAUAAUAUUUGCUUUCCUUAGACUUCAUUUUAUUUUUUAUUUCUAGCCAAAAUAAAUAAAAAGCAUUUAUGAGAACUAUAAGUCAAACUUUCUGGAUUCAGAAAGAUAUAAACUACUAGAAAGUAAAAAAAAAAAGAUUAAAUAAAUCACAGAGAAUGUAAAUUUUGUACAGUAUUAGAAUGUGUAAAUGAAGCUUGCUUGGAAGGGGAAAACUUUAAAUAAAAACUUUAUGUACUAA